UACACUGAACACACAACAUCCUGCCUGAAAAAUGGCAAGGUUAUCCGAACCAAGGUUUGCCUCCGCAGGAGGAAAAUUUAUUCCUAUCAAAUUCAGACAGGAAACCUUGCCAAUUUCGGAUGCAGAGAAGAUAUUUAAGUUCAAUGGCAGUCAGUAUCCACCAUUUAAUAUCGAACCCCUUCCGUAUGAGCGGGAUAGAUUGGGUGAAAAAAUGUCGGCAGAGGAUAGGAUUCGACGAAAGAUCUGGCUGCAAGACCAAGUGUUAGCGAAAGGUGAACCAAGGAUGGAAGUCUGGCCAAAAAUUAAGCCAGUAAAUGGGAUUAGAAAACUUUAUCAGCUUCCAGGAAACAUGCUGGAGGGAACACUGUCUAAAGUAAUGAGUCCAUGGCUUGCAAAUAAUUUCCGAGUGUUAGCUACUCGUACUGUGAGGGCAUAUGUUAUUGCCCUCGGAGUAUUGUACUGGGUGAAAUACCACAGUAAGUCAUGGGAGAAAAAGAAAGGAUUUUACAUGCAUUCACAAGACGGAACAACUUUCUGGAAGGACUUGAGGUACAAGGAGUCACAUGAAUAUGCUGAUUAUGGAUUCAAAGAAAGAAAUGUGCUAAAACAAUAAAAAAUAUAACAUUGAAGACAUUUGUAGAAGUGCUGUACAUAUGGAUUCUUAUUCAAAGUUUACUUAUAAAUAAAAAUUGAAACAAA